AUGGCGGAGAUUGUGUGGAGACAAAAUGACGGGGAAAUAUUUGGGAUUGGGGCGGCUACCGGGGGACAUUCGCCGGUCGCCGUCACAACGCCACCAACAUCGACCACCUCAAUUUCAACAACCACCUCAUCGCCCGGAUGGCCGAGCUCGCCGGCGACCACAACGCCAGCGGCCCGCACGCCGCUGCAACAAGCGUUCAUCGGUGGCCACAUCUUCAUCGUCGUCGGGAGCAUCUCUUGUUCGGCGGCGGAGGGUUUUCUGGCGGACGACAUGUGGUUGACGAAAGGCAACGACGGUGGGUGGGGUAAGGACGGCGACCGACGGCAGGUGGUGGGAUCGGACGACGACGUGGGCGGCGCCGGGUGA